UACCUCUUGGGCAAUGUAGCUGCAUCUAUACUAGGGCUUUGUCAGUAUGUGAACAUGCUAAAAAAACCUCAGUAGAUGUUCUGCCCAUAAGCCCUUUCUGGUAUAGACCAGCUUGUAGUCUCUUCACUCCUCAGACGCAGAUAACAAUUUAUCUGAUUCACCAUGUUAUUGCUAGGCUUAGUGUUCUUGCAGAAUCUUGGGCUCCGCAGAUUAAGCACAAAACAGUGUUUGUUGGAAAGAACAAGCCACUGAAAGAUCCACUGAGCUCCUUCCGCUGGCAGGGCUUCAAACUAGAAGAAUAUCUCAUUGGCCAACCCAUUGGGAAGGGCUGCAGUGCAGCUGUGUAUGAAGCAGCUAUUCCUUUGUCUUCCAAUUGUCAAGGGAGUGUGGAGAGCAACCAUCUCGCAGGAAGAGGGUCAACCAUACAGCAGAAUCAUGGCUCAGCUUUACAGGGUGCAGAAGAGGAGCUCGUGCACAAGCACCAGCAAAAAGAGGCUUUUCCGUUGGCUAUCAAAAUGAUGUGGAACAUUUCGGCUGGUUCUUCAAGUGCAGCCAUCCUCAAUGCUAUGGGGCAAGAGCUUGUUCCAGCCACGGGAGUUGCCUUAGCUGGAGAAUAUGGAGCUGUCUCUCGCCACAGAAAACCUGUCUUUGGGAGGAAGAAGUUGCAACCUCAUCCAAAUAUAAUCCAGGUGAUCCGAGCCUUCACAUCCUCUGUCCCUUUGCUGCCUGGAGCCUUCACGGACUAUCCUGAUGUUCUUCCGUUAAGCUUGAAUCCCAGAGGGAUUGGUCACAGCCGCACGCUCUUUUUAGUGAUGAAGAAUUAUCCUUGCACCCUGCGCCAGUAUCUGAGGGAGAACAGUCCAGAUGCUUGUCUCUCCACAAUGAUGAUUUUACAGCUGUUGGAAGGUGUGGACCAUCUUGUUCGACAUGGAAUAGCCCACAGAGACUUGAAGUCUGACAACAUCCUAGUUGAGUUUGAUUCUGCUGGCUGUCCUUGGCUGGUGAUCACAGACUUUGGUUGCUGUUUGGCAGACGAAAAUAUUGGCUUGAGACUGCCUUUCACCAGCUCUUACGUGGAUCGAGGAGGCAAUGGCUGUCUUAUGGCACCUGAGGUGGUCACAGCAUCGCCUGGUCCAGGCAUGGUGAUUGACUACGGUAAAGCUGAUGCGUGGGCUGUUGGAGCAAUUGCCUAUGAAAUCCUGGGCCUGGUCAAUCCUUUCUACAGCCGUGGGGAUUCGACUCUGGAAAGCAGAAGUUACCGUGAAGACCAGCUGCCAAGCCUGCCUGAUCACGUGCCCCUUGAGGUGAAGCAAGUGAUAAAAAUGCUACUUCAGAGGGAUCCCAACAAGAGAUUAUCUGCUAGAGUCGCCGCUAAUGUGCUUCACUUAAGCCUGUGGGGUGAAAGUGUUCUAGCCUCCAAGGCCCUCAAGCUUGACCAGAUGAUUGCCUGGCUUCUCUGCCAGUCUGCGGCUGCUUUGCUCAUGGAUGGACUGGUGGAUAAAAGCAGGGUAGAAACAAAAAUGAAGAUGUGCUUUUUGGCAAACCUUGAAUAUGAAGAUCUGUGGGCAGCAAUGUUCUUGUUGCUGUCCUGGAGGCACCAGACUGGGUGAAGGGUACAAUGUGGGGCAUGACCAUGCAGUCGAUAAACGGCACUUUCUCAAUGCAUGUAGGAAUUCGUCUUUUCUGUCUGCCUGGAAUCCUUAAAUUCUUUAGGGAAAAAGUCUGCAGGCCUGUGUAUGUGUGUGUAAGGGGUUGAGGUUACCUGUAGCAAGUGUUAUUACACGCUGUUUUUCUCUUCCUGUUAGAAGAAACGCCCUUGCAUCGUUACUGGUUUGGUGGGGGGGGUUGCAGAACUUGCAGGUGUCUCGAGGUAUGUGGUUUGGUUUUACUCACAGGUGGGAAUCUAUACUUGACUUCUAAAUCACUCGCUGAAUGAAGCAAGUUCCUUUUCAGAAGAGGGUGUGUGUGGAAGGAGGUGUUGUACAGCCGCUCUUUACACAGAAGCAUCGCAGAUUUAAACAAUACAUGGAGAAAGCUGAGCUGACAAAAGUAGGCGCAGCCUUCCUUUUCUUAGGGGAAUCGUGAACCCUGCUCUUGUUAAGACGCAAAAAUAUCUCGUUAUAAUACGGCAGCCCAGAGGCCUUCUUGUUGAGAGGCUGACCCAUGAGGUAAGCAUCGGGAGCUGUUUGCUUCUCGUGACGUGCACAAUUAAAUACCCAGCUAGCUGUAUGCAAAAUGGCAGAAGCACGCUGAAUACAAAAGCCCACUGAUGUCCGUUUGUGGAGCGUUGUAAUUCUGCAGUAGCUGCUGCCGACAGACCCAAGGCCGAGUCAAGUUGUGCCCAGGUGGGGAUAAUAAUGAAAGUUAAAAAGAAGGCUAAAGAGCAGCGCCUGUCUGAGGAGUUUACUCCAGCUCCAUUCUCUCUUACAUAGCUGGGUUUUCUGUUUAAACAAUGCAGUGAUAUCCUUUGCUUGGGGAGGGUAGGAGACAUCAGUUUUAAAACAAUAACCCUCCUAUUAAUGAAAAUAUCAUUAAAUUGUAUAAUUACUGGUGUUUAGAGGAACCUGGGGAGAAAGUUAUUUAUGCUUGUUGCACAAUAAAUUGGAGAUUAUGCUCUGAUACUGCGUGGAUUCUCUGCAUCUAGUUCAUCUCGGUUCAUCGUAUUCAGAUUUUAGGCUGUGGUGGCCUAUGAGUCCCUGAAGCGCUAGUUCAGCGACAUCUUACAAGAUCAUUCAGCCCUUUCCAGUUGUGCUUCUGGAACGCAUUAUUCCACCAGCUGCGGUUUCCCGAAGGAUAAGCCCACUCCUGUUUGAAGAGCGGAGUUUGCGUCGUCAGCGUACUUAGUUCUUACCCUCAUGAUUGCUAAUUCAGUUGCUGCUCUUGCAAUUUCCAGAUGGUUGAAAUUGUGUGUCAGAUGGCUGAUAUCGCCGAGCAAAUCAUCACACAGCAACGUGCUGUCAGGAUCUCACACGUUGAAGUGCUUUCUAGUUCAGCAGCGGAGUAAAACUACCUACCAGGGAACAGCCCUAUUACUUGCACGGUGUAGCACCUCGGAGCCCUGCGUUGUCCUAGCCGACAAGCCAGGAAGUCAGUUGACUGCAUAAUAAACAGCCACCUAAUUCUUUUAGAAAUACUGCGUGAACGUAGCAUGCUAGCAGGGCUGUAAACGGAUCAGCCAAGAACACGGAGCCUGGAAAAUCAUGGAAAAUGAGUUUGUUGCGGGAAAAGUUACAGGAACCGUAAUCGGCAGGGACACGUGUGCGAGAUGUGGGAAGUAACCUUGCACGAGGGGUAGCUGGAAGUUGCAUCAGAGCUGCAGAGUCGGAGCCUUUGCUGCCUCUGGAGCGCGCAGCUUUCUGAAGAGUAAAUACUGUCACUUUUCUGGUAAAUCUCAACUCUGACCUCUCUGUUUUUCUAGUUUUCUCCGAGUCAGCAAGAGCCGACUAGCGAAGCAAGGCAUAGCUCCCGCUUGUUUACGUGCUGAGGCUUUUCUCGUAACUGGUGUACCAGGCCUGGAAUAUAGACGUAUUUAAUAUAAAAACAAAUUGGGUGGAAUAGGCUUUCCGAUGUAACAUACUCAAGGCCUACUCUGAUCUCAAGCGUACUGUUAUUACACCAACCGGGGUUUGACCUUUGCUGUUUAUCACGUGUUUGCUGCGUUAACUCCAGACACUGGAAACUUCCUUACCCUUGAAAUUAUCUCACUUCAUCUAUCUAGUCUUAAAAAUAGCCUGAAGUACCUGUCCCCCUGCACUGCCCCAUGUUUUAAAAUUGCUAUUACUGGUUCUCA